AUGAAGCGCUUGGUCGGUCUGGACGGGCUGAGCGACCAUGAACAGGACCACAAGAUCCCCCGCCAGGCGAGCGAAGGCGAUGCGGUCAGGACCGCCGCUAACCCGAUCAGGCAUGGCGUUGGCACCCCCGAACAGCGAGCCAUCCCACCGCUCGAGGCCUUGGAUCUUGCUCUGACGCCAGCUUUCUCAUCCAACGACGAUUCUGCGAUUGACAACGAUCCUACCCUUAUCGACGCGUGCGCCGCCAUCAUCGAGGGCGCCGGCUCUUCCUCCUCUUCCAAGGCACCUUUUACGCGUGGGCACCGCCGUCGUUCCACCCACGUUACUCGCCGUGACCUUGAGAAGUUUCAAAAGGAGGUUCUUGGUGUCGAAAACCACGCCUCCUGGUACGACGAGGAUAACGGCACCUCGCGCCCCAUCAAUCCCUACGAUCCACAACUUGAAGACCUGAACCGUGCGUUCGCGCUUGCCAAUAUGUCCAUGAACAGCGGUACCGGAAUGGCUGGCGGCGGCAAUUCGGGCCCGGGCAUGUUUUCCGCCUAUGCGGACAAUUCCCCCUCCCCCAACUUGGGUGGCAUACCGCGUCAGUCUUUGACCUCAGGGAUUCCCCACUCUUCAUCCCAAGUCAAUGGCAGCGGUGCCCCCAGUGCUACUGGCAGUGCGAGUGGAUUAGGAGCCAUGAAUGGCAAUAUGUCUAUGAACGCAGGACAUCAGAUGGAUCUCCAUCAUCUUUAUGACAUGGUAUUGGAGCUGAGCGAAGUCUUGAAGAAUAACCGCGAGGUAACCAAGAGUAUCGUUUCGAGUGCCGAGGAGAUCAUGAAGCACGGCAACUCCGAGGAAGCGAGUUCGGCGAUGCGGCAAGUCAAUGGAGAAAUAUCCGCGGCCCGGAUAUCAGAACUUGAACGUGCCCUCGCGAAGGAGAAACGGCUGGUCGAAGAUCUCAAGCGCGAACAGCUGGAGAACACCAAACUGAUCAGCGAAUACGAAGCAAGUGUGGGAACUAUGGUUGAACAAAUCCGCAACUAUUGCCAGAACAACAACAUGCACUUUCUUUACCAAAAAAGCCACUACAACAAUCUCCUCCAGGCCGAACGGGAUGCUCAUUUAGAAAGCCGACUCGACCGGGAUUACUGGCACGCUCAAACUAUGAAAUGUGCCGAGAUGAUUCGUCAUGCACACCGGCUCCGAUCCGAGGAAGAGGAACCCCCUAUCCGCGUGAUUGCUGGGCUCCAGAACGAAGUGCGGGCAUACCGCAAUGCACUGGGGAUGGAGCCUGAGAAGCCAGAGGAAGAAUAUGGCUGGGAGAUCCUCCGGGAUGUCCCCACCAGCCUGGAAUGA